AUGCGUAUAGCUAGCAAGAGCAGUAAUUCUUACCAACGUGAUAUUGAAAGAAUAACAAAAAUAAAAGGAAAUAACAGAUGUGCUGAUUGCGGAGCAAAGUGCCCUAGGUGGGCAAGUAUAAAUCUUGGUAUUAUAAUCUGUAUAGAGUGUUCAGGAAUACACCGAAAUUUGGGUGUUCAUAUUUCAAAAGUGAAAUCAUUAACUUUGGAUAAAAUUAUGCCACAGUGGAUACAUUGCAUUACAAGUAUAGGUAAUGACUUGUCUAACGCAUAUUAUCUGUACAACCUACCUCCUGAUACGUACAUGCCGAAACAAGGGGAUUCUUCAGUCGUAAUGCAAGCGUGGAUAAAAAAUAAAUAUGAAAAGAAGUUAUAUGUGCCAGCUAAUAGGAAAGAACCCGGUCUGUAUUAUUUAGAAGGAGAUGAUCCCAGAAAGUGUCUACCAGAGGUUGCACGAGUAAAUGCCCAUAUAAGAACGAAUGACAGGAAAAAUUCAAAAAGUGAAAUGAGAAUGGAUAAUAUUAUGGAGAAUUCUGGAACAUUAGAUAUUUUCGACUCGUUAAAAAUUAUAGACAGUAAUAAAUUUCAAGAAGGGAUAAUAAAUAAAAAGGGCAACAAUGAGGAAAAGGAGAAGGAAUUAUAUUGGGGUUUUGCAAAAAAGGACAAUGAUAAUAAAAAGUACUUGAACGAUAACUUUUAUUCUUUUGAUAAUAUGUUAAUUGGUGAAGAUAAAAGCAAUAAUAUUACCCUUAGUAGUACCAAUAAUGGUAAUGGAAAUAGUAUCAAUAAUACUAGUAAUAUUUAUAAUAACAGUAAUAGCAAUAGUUAUAGUAAUAAUUAUGGAAAUAAUUAUAGCACUAAUUAUGGCAAUAAUUAUAGCAAUAGUAAUGGUACUAAUAAUAGUAGUAUAUAUGCUACGAAGGACUCUUAUUUUUUCAACGACUUUAUAAAAGCAAGCAGUUCAACUAAUGACUUAGUUAAUUCGGGCAAUCCGAGUAACUCAAACAACAUCAGACAGUCGAAUAGUCGUAGCUACAACAGUAAUAAUAAUAGCUGUAAUAACAAUAAUAGUGGCAUUACCAGUAAUAGAGGCAACAACAGUAACAGUAACAGUAACAAUAACAGUAACAAUAAUAGUAACAGUAACAAUAAUAGUAACAGUAACAAUAAUAGUAACAUUAACAAUAAUAGUAACAUUAACAAUAAUAGUAACAGUAACAAUAAUAGUAACAGUAAACCCUUUUUCUUUUUUGAUGAUGAUGCUAAUAAAAUGAACAGCACGAUUAAUAACAACAUCUUUAACGAAAAAUUAAAUUUUCCUAAUCCCUGUGAGAACAAAAAUUUCAACAAUCUUAAUUCUUUAUCUGAAAAGGAUUUAAGAGAUGCGAAAGUUCAGGCAGCAAAAAAAUGUAUUGCUCGACUUUUUGCGAACUCUAAAAAUAUUUCUUUUUCUGAAAAAAAGAGAUCAAAUAUAAAUUUAAAUAAUCAUGAUAAUCAAAAUAGUCAUGUAAAAAAUAAUUUAUGUAAAUCAUCAUUUAAUACAUUAAAUGGAUAUAAACAAAAUUGUUUUGAAAACUUUAGUUCAAAUAUUGUAAAGAAUUCCAAUAAUGAAAAAAGCGAUUCAGGAACAUUAGGAGGUCUGGAAAAAAGAAACAAAAAGAAAGAUGAAAAUAAAUCUAUGCAAGACUUUGAUUUUUUUUUGAGCGAUUAG